AUGACUUGCGACCCAAUUCUCAUCGUCGGCGCCGGUAUCGUCGGCCUAACCCUGGGCCAGGCGUUGAAGGAGGCAUGCAUCCCCUUCCAAAUCUACGAGCGCGACCCAACCCCGGACGCCCGCGGCCAAGGCUGGGCCAUCACCCUGCACUGGGCCCUCGAGUACCUGCGCCAGAUCGUGCCAGACGAGACUCUCACGCGCAUCCAAGCGGUGCAGGUCGACCCCGACGUAGCUAGGCACGAUAAUGGAACUUUCCUAUUCGUCAACCUGGCGACUGGCGAGCCAAGAUUCAAAAUCCCCCCGUCUGCGCGAUGGCGCGUCAGCCGCGAGGGAAUGCGCAAGGCGCUGCUGGCUGGGAUUGAAGACCGUGUCCAUUGGGGCAAGAGGGUCGUUGGUGUAGCUACUAGUAGUACCGUGCCGGAUCGAGUGCAGCUCAUAUUCGACAAUCAGAAUGAGAGUAACAACAGUGACAGCGAGAAACGAGUCACCGGGAAGAUGGUUAUCGGGGCUGAGGGCAGCCGGUCCAUCGUCCGCCGCGUGCUCCGGCCUGAUGCAUACAGCAACAAGCAACUUCCCAUCCGGUUUACGGGGGUCGCUGUGGACCUCACGCCGGCUGAGAUCCAGCCGCUUCGAUCCAUGGACCCGCUGCUCUUCCAAGGGUGCGAGCCUGAGUCGGGGACAUUUUUCUGGUUCUCGGUGCUGGAGACGCCGCUUGUAAACGGGACGGCUGGAACAGCGGCGGAGCGCUUCCGGGCGCAGGUCUGUAUGUCCUGGCCGGUGAGGUCAGAGAGCGACGAGGUUGCGAGCACAGAUGAGGGACGACUGGCGAAUAUGAAGAGAAGAGCGGACGGGUUCACGCCGUUCUUGCGCCAUGUUGUGCAGGAUAUUCCGGAGGGAACACCCGUUACCGAGAUCACCCUGGCGGAUUGGGAGUGCUUGGACUGGGAUAACUGGGAUGGGAAGAUGACUCUUGCUGGCGAUGCGGCGCAUGCGAUGACAAUGUAUCGUGGCGAGGCCGCCAACCAUGGGCUGCUCGACGCAUUCAACUUGAUCCAGGCCAUCGACAGGAUUUAUAGCGGCCAGGCCACUCCGAAGCAGGGGCUGGAUGAGUAUGAGGGGGAGAUGAGAAAGCGAACAAGGCGCGCUGUUCGACUGAGUCGACAAGCCUGCCAUGAUGCGCAUACAUGGGAGCGACUGAACAAGGAGUCGGCGAUUUUGACGAAGCGAUCGAUUGAGGGUGAAUAG